UGUCAAUGUCUAUAAAACAUUUAAACGUUCAACAAUUAACAGCUAUGCGUCUCUUAAUUUUCACAUCUUCUUCUUUCAUUUCAGACAUAAUGUUUACGCUAAAUGAUAAUAGUAAUAAGCACAAAGUGGCAUUUUACGUAGCACUAGUCAUUCUUUUCAUCACAUUGGGACAAUGUCAGAGUCAAUUAGUUGAUGCGACGGAAGUUAUUAGUCAUUUAUCGCCAAAAAAUACCAGCACAGAUUUGAGUGUGAUACGAAGAUAUGAUGGAAAUAAAGGUAUAUCCGAGAAGCUUACAGAAAUACGAAAACUAUUCAGGAGUUUGAUUUUCGAUUGGAAUUUGGGAGAAAGUGGAAUUGGAAAUGGUCGCACCUUCGGACGGAUUCGUAUGAUGAAGAAUAUCUUACUGCCCGUGGCAUUCAUCGGUGGAUUUUUAACAGCUGUUAUUUUCAGCAUCAAAGCAAUUGGAAUUGUCAAUUUAUUCCUGAUUAGCAGCUUAGUAGCACUCAAUUUAGCUGUAAUUGUUGGGAAGUUGAUUUAUGCAAAGAAAAUUGGGCAUGGAGCUUCUCAGACACAUUAUCAUUCGCAUUUUAAUCAGCAACCUCCUGUGUAUCCUUCACAUCCACCAUAUGGAUCGUAUGGAUCAUAUGGUUCAAAUCUGGGAAGUUAUUCACCAUCAUAUGCUAAUAGCAGAAUUGAUGACAGAUCACCGUUUGGAAGAUACUUAAAUGAAGAGUCAGAAUCUGACUAUCCUUAUCCUACCGGACUUGUUCCUCAAUCAAAUAAUCCAGCUUUCCAAAAACAAACAUCACCAAAUUAUAACCACCAAUUCAUCAAUAAUCCGUCAGCACUUAGUAGUUUACAGCAACCACAACAAACGCCUACAAACUAUCGACCACAAAAUUAUAACAAUCCAUUCAGUGGUGUUCAUAUGCAAUCACCACAACAGGUUCAACAGCAGCAACCGACAUCAAACUCAUUUAAUCAACCUCUCAAUCAGCUUUUCUCAAAAUUUCAUGAUACGAGAUUUUUAAGUAAUGAUAUAGUAGCUCCGGUUCCUACAUUCGAAAUAACAACAACACCGUCGUCAGCCUUAGAUGUCAGAAUGAUUAAUUUACAAGAUUUUAAGCCUCAGUCCAGUUACAGCCCUUUGGAAAUGGAGAAAAUUUUAACAAACGCAUUAGCUCAAAUAUCGGAAAGUAAACGAGCAGUUCCAGCGACAGCAUUACCGAAUGUGUUAAGGUUUAAAAGGAAAUCAACAAAUCAUCAACCGUACUUAAAUCUCCUUAGGCCAUUUAGCUAAUCUCACGCAUGUGAUGAGAGGCUUCUAUUCAUCUUUAAAUCUAUUAUUGUUAUUUAUGUUUCAAGUGCUACAAAUCACUUUAUGGUAUAUCCACAUCCAUUGUAAAAAUAUUAAGAAAAAACACAUUCACUUUCUAUUUGGCUGGAAAUUAAUUUACUGAAAAAAAAAGAAGCGAGAAAUGCUAUCGUGUAUAAUUUCCAAAACUUACUGCUUAUUCAUGCUCAAUAGAAAAUUUAAAAUGUUUUAAUUCAAAGAUAAUAAUUAUAAGUGUAGAAAUUGGAAGUAAUAGGUGUAUAAUAGGUGUAAAGAUGCUUAGGAUAGGUAUUUAUUUAUUUAUUUGUAGAUUGAUAGUUCUGGAACUUA